AUGCGUCCAUUCCGAUCUUCCCUCCGCAUCUCAAGAGCUCUCGAGCUCCCCCACAGCCAUGCGCCGCAACCAACACUACGGCCGUAUCACAUCUGCAAUAGACAAUUACACGCUUCACCAAGACGCCGCCUAGACCUACCCUCAGGCAAGAAACCGGAGAAGCCGGAUCCUUUGGAAGAAUGGCGUAAUCCUCCACCGAGCAAAUGGCCGAACAGGAUACGGUUGCUAUUUGUACCCUUCAUUGGGGCCUUGGUCUACUCCAUGUGGACGGACGAUACGAUCAAGACCGAAGCACCCACCAUCGCCGAGAAGGAUGCCCUGCUCAAGCGUGAGAAUGGCGUCUCGGAGCAAUCACCCAUGCGCCUCCGAAUGGAGCAGUUCAUAAAGCAAAACCAGAAGGAAAUCGUGGCUGAGCUGGAAAAGGUCGACGGCACUAAGUUCAAGAUCGACACAUGGCAGCGACCAGAAGGCGGUGGUGGCAUCACUUGUAUCCUGCAAGACGGCAACGUGUUCGAGAAGGGAGGCGUGAACACCUCAGUCGUAUACGGGCGCUUGCCUAAAGCCGCCAUACAGAAGAUGCGCGCCAACCACAAAGCUCUCGACCCCAACGUCGACUCGCUCGAGUUCUUCGCCGCAGGCCUAUCCAUGGUCCUUCACCCCCACAACCCCAACGCACCGACCGUGCACCUCAACUAUCGUUACUUCGAGACCGCCGACGAGCUAGGCAACACAAACGCAUGGUGGUACGGCGGUGGCUGCGAUCUCACACCCUCCUAUCUCUACGACGAAGACGCGAUACACUUCCACGGCGCUAUCAAGCAAGCCUGCGACAAGCACGACAAAGCAUACUACCCGCGAUUCAAGAAGUGGUGCGACGAGUAUUUCAGCAACAAGCACCGGGGCGAGACACGAGGUGUAGGCGGCAUCUUCUUCGACGAUCUCGACGAGACGGAGAAGGAUCAGGAACAACUAUUCUCAUUCAUUCAGGACUGCUUGUCCGCUUUCCUGCCUUCCUACCUGCCCAUCAUCAACAGGCGGAAGGACAUGCCCUACACGGACGAGAUGAAGCAGUGGCAGCAGAUCCGUAGAGGACGCUAUGUCGAGUUCAACCUUGUGCACGACCGUGGAACGGCUUUUGGUCUCAACACACCUGGUGCACGGGUCGAGAGUAUUCUCAUGAGUCUGCCUCUUACGGCAAGGUGGCAGUACAUGCAUGAACCUGCAAAGGGUAGCAGAGAGGAACGGUUAAUCGAAGUCCUCAAGAGUCCGAAGGAGUGGGUGUAG